AUGGCUUGCCGGGGGCUGCCGUGUGACACCAGCGCCAGGGCAGGGACCCCGGUGCUGCUCGAAGAACCGCUUCAAGCCCAGACACAACUAACCUCUCUUCCCCUCUCUCCCGCUUCCUCUCUCUGCAGCAACGUGAUGCCCAAGACGCUGGAGGGGCAGAUAACGAUGGAGAAAACCCCCAGCUACUUCGUGACCAACGAGGCCCCGAAACGCAUCCACUCCAUGGCCAAGGACACCAAGCUGAUCGUGGUGGUGCGCAACCCGGUGACCAGGGCCAUCUCGGACUACACGCAGACCCUCUCCAAGAAGCCCGACAUCCCCACCUUCGAGGUGCUGGCCUUCAAGAACCGGACCCUGGGGCUGAUCGACGCCUCCUGGAGCGCCAUCCGCAUCGGGAUCUACGCGCUGCACCUGGAGAACUGGCUCCAGUACUUCCCCCUGUCCCAGAUCCUCUUCGUGAGCGGCGAGCGGCUCAUCAUCGACCCUGCCGGCGAGAUGGCCAAGGUCCAGGACUUCCUGGGCCUCAAAAGGCUGGUGACGGAGAAACACUUUUAUUUCAAUAAAACCAAGGGGUUCCCUUGCUUGAAGAAGCCGGAGGACGGCAGCCCGCCCCGGUGCCUGGGCAAGUCCAAGGGUCGAACUCACCCCAAAAUAGACCCCGACGUCAUCCACAGACUGCGGAAGUUUUACAAACCGUUCAACGUCAUGUUCUACCAAAUGACGGGGCAGGAUUUCCAGUGGGAGCAGGAAGGAAGUGACAAGUGAAGGCGGGAGGGCGCGAGAGCCCCUCUGCUCUCGGACUCGCGCGUGGCGGGGUCGGGCCCCACCUUUCCGCCCGGGCUGCCCCGUCCCCUUGUGCUGCCGUUAGUGGGGGGCCGGGCGGCGCUGCUGGGGGGGAGGUUCUGAGCCCUGCCCGCGCCAGCGAAGCCCGACAGGGACCAGGCGAGGCAGUAGGUCUCAUCCCCUCCGCUCUGCUCCGGUUUUCCCUCGCUAGCUGCAAGAGCCCUGGUAUUUCGCGGCACGCACCCGGUCACACGCGCACGCUUGGGCGGGGUGGGGAAGCCAAGGGAUGG